AUGUCGUUUAGUGGUAAUUAUUUGGGAAAUUACUCUUAUGGAGAUCUUGAAUUUCUAGAUGCUUUGACGAACUGCACCCAACUAGUGACCAUAGCUGUUGUUGAGAAUAGGCUUGGCGGUGACUUGCCUGCCUCCAUUGCCAAUUUGUCCAGGAGCCUCGUCCAUAUAAAACUUGGAGAAAAUCACAUCUCUGGAACCAUUCCUUAUGAUAUUGGGAAUCUCAUAAACCUACAAACACUUGAGCUGGAAAUAAAUAUGUUGACAGGACCACUCCCGACCUCUCUUGGGAAGCUUUCAGACUUGGGAGUAUUAAGUGUCUAUGCAAAUAGAAUGUCAGGAGAGAUACCAUCUUCUAUAGGCAACAUCAGUCGGUUAUUAACACUCUCUUUGUCCAACAAUAGUUUCCAAGGAACUAUUCCUCCGAGUCUUGGUAAGUGUAGUUAUCUGCUACAGUUAUGGAUUGAGUAUAAUAAGUUGAAUGGGAUUAUACCUUUGCAAAUCUCAACCCUUGUUCACCUAAGCAUGCAAGGUAAUUCUUUGACCGGCUCACUUCCAAAAGAUGUUGGACGACUACAAAAGCUUCUUGUUUUAUCUGUUUCGCAGAAUAAAUUGUCAGGACAACUCCCACAAACCCUGGGGAAUUGUCUCUCAAUGGGAAAGAUUUAUCUGGAAGAAAACUUUUCUGAUGGACCCAUUCCAGAUAUAGCAGGGUUGGUUGGUCUUAGACAAGUUGAUUUGUCGAGAAAUAAUCUUUCUGGAAGUAUACCUGAAUAUCUUGCAAACUUUACCAUGUUGCAGUAUCUCAAUCUAUCCAUGAACAAUCUUGAAGGAAGGGUUCCAAUAGAAGGAAUAUUUCAAAAUGCUACUAUAGUUUCGGUAUUUGGGAACAAAGAUCUAUGUGGAGGCAUCAAGCAACUGAAACUAAACCCAUGCUUUCCACAAGCACCACCAAUGGGAUCAAAGCAUUCCUCUCUUCUAAAGAAAGUUGUGAUUGGAGUAAGCAUAGGCAUAGCUUUGCUUUUGCUAUUGUUCAUAGUUUCUCUACCUUGGUUCAGAAAAAGAAAGAAGAACCUUCAGACCAAUUCUCAACCACCUUCCACUUUGGGGGCCGUCCAUGAGAAGAUAAGUUAUGGAGAUCUUCGAAAUGCGACGGAUGGCUUCUCUUCGAGCAAUUUGAUUGGGUAUGGCAGUUUUGGUACUGUGUUUAAGGCAUUGUUCCCUGCAGAGAACAAGCUUGUUGCGGUGAAAGUUCUAAACAUGCAGAGACGUGGAGCAAUGAAGAGCUUUAUGGCAGAAUGUGAAUCUUUGAAAGACAUAAGACACCGUAAUCUUGUGAAACUAUUGACGGCUUGUUCGAGUAUCGAUUUCCAAGGAAAUGAUUUCAGAGCUCUCAUCUAUGAGUUUAUGCCUAAUGGAAGCUUGGAUAUAUGGCUGCACCCGGAGGAAGUGGAAGAGAUUCGUAGGCCCUCGAGAACCUUGACUCUUCUUGAAAGGCUUAGCAUAGCGAUAGACGUGGCUUCUGUUUUGGAUUAUCUUCAUGUUCAUUGCCAUAAACCUAUAGCUCAUUGUGAUCUUAAGCCAAGCAACGUCCUUCUAGAUGAUGAUUUAACUGCCCAUGUCAGUGACUUUGGUCUUGCUCGUCUUCUCCUCAAAUUCGACAAAGAGUCCUUCCUCAACCAACUUAGCUCAGGCAGCGUCAGAGGAACCAUCGGCUAUGCCGCACCAGAAUAUGGAAUGGGAGGACAGCCAUCAGUACAUGGUGAUGUGUAUAGCUUUGGGGUUCUCAUUUUGGAAAUGUUCACUGGGAAAAGACCGACCAACGAGUUAUUUGGGGGAGAGUUAACACUACGAAGCUACACGAAUUCAGCAUUGCCAGAGCGCGUAAUGGACAUUGCAGACAAGUCGAUUCUUCUCACUGGUCUCAGAGUCGGCUUCCCUGUUGCUGAGUGCUUGACACUGGUUCUGGAUGUGGGCCUCAGGUGUUGUGAAGAAUCUCCAACAAACCGGUUAGCAACGAGUGAAGCCACAAAAGAGUUGUUCUCAAUCAAAGAGAGGUUCUUUAAAGCAAGAAGAACAACCAGACGCUGA